AUGGCCCGUGAAGAAAUGUCUCAUUACUGUUUUCAUUCUCUGCGCCGUGUGCGGCGGUGUACAGGUCGCCCUAAUAUUUUUGCUCCCGAAUCGCAAAGCAUCACGAAGUCCAAUGGCCUGUCACCCCUGAUGGCCAUUUUAAGCGCCUGUCUCCUCGUUGCCGGUGUGCUUAGGCACUACUGGGACAUAUAUAUCCAUCGGACUGUGCGGGGAAUAAGUUUCUUGUUUGUGGCCAUUGAUGCGGCGGGUGAUUUAUUUUCGCUGGUUUCUAUCUUAUACCAACCCACAUUUGAUAUACUCGGGAUGGUCAUCUACGGAAGCGAGCUGGCCUUCUGGUUGGGGAUCUGUGCGUGUGGUUUCUUUAUGAAUUUCUGCCCCUGGAUUAAGAAGAAAGCCAGAGCAUGGGGAUAUCGUGCGGAAGAAGAGUCUGGGAGUGAAAAGAAUGAACCUGCGACACAACAAUCCCAACAAAUUUAUCUUCAGGAGGUGCCGUCAUCUACCUCUGUGUUUCAAACAGCGUCUGGGACAACGGGCACGCUGAGGAGGAGAGACACUGCUGUGCAAGAGCCAUAA